AUGCAUCCACAACGAAAUGCUGUCACUACCUCAACGUCUCACGAGUCGCAAGCUUCAUUACCGAACGCUUUCAACCAAUCCACUACAGUGACCAUUUCUUCCCUUCACCUGAACGCUAUGAACUUGAUCCCUACAGCAUCGUACCCAUCUAUAGCAAUGACUGGCGCGUCAGUUUCGGGCGCCGUUUUUGCCUCAGCGAUAGUACCGCAGCAGCAACAUCAGCAGUCGCAACAGCACCAAACACCCAACCAACCGUUGGUUUUUUCUGGGGGUAAUGGAAAUUUUUUUUUGGCGCAACCGGCCUCUGUUGCUGGUACCCCGGUCAUGUUGGCACCAGGCCAGUCGGCUUCCCCUGGGGCUUUUGUCGUGGCUCAGUCCCUCUCCGCUCCGGCAACUUCCAUUGCAUCCACUUCUACCCAACAGCAAGCCAGUUGCAUUAUUCGUCUGCCGGACGGGCGUCUUGUUAUGCCUGCACAUACCCCUAUGCCCAUGGGACUCUCGGGAGCACGCUUGACUGGAGGUCAACCGGCUUAUUUUCCCGUUUUACAGGCCGCUGUUCCGUCGGGUCAAAAUGUGUCACUUCCUCAACAGCCCCAGCUCCACCAUCCCGUCGGUGCGAUCGCGCCUACUCCCGGCCAGGCCUUUUUCAUCCAAGUUCCCACGGCGCCUGGCGGAUUCACUGGGACUGUGUUUGCGACGACUGCGACCCGCAGCAGCACUACUGCUUCGCCUCAGGCGCCACAGACCGCAUCAUGUGCUGUCACGGCUCCCGUCCAGAACCGACAUCCCAUCCUAGUAUCCUCUCCUCUACCCACACUGCAGUCGACAGGGGUCAUGUCCACCCAGGGUGCCAAUUCAGUGGCGCAUAGUCGGCCACCAUGCUUGUUGAUCUCAUCCGCCCCCAUUUGUUUGCCGGACACGCGGACUUUGCAGAGUCAGUCAAAGACAUGCGCAAUGGACAAUUGCGUAACGCUUAUGAACAGUGCACAACCCUCGACCACUGCUUUUUCUGGUGGUGGGAUCGCCGUCACUCGUCUUCCUAACGGAAUGUACACCACAGUGCCUUAUUGUCGACCGCAGUCACUAGGGUCUGUCGACGCCUAUACUUCGUCAAGCGGAGAAACAUUUCCCGCAACUCCACCACCGCAUACCACCUCUGUACGUAAGUGUUCCAGCGGCCGUUCCACUCAAAAACCAAACAGUGGUCCAAAUUCAACCUCCAACGUAUUGCAGCGGUUAGAUGAGCAAAUAACCGCCCUGCAAGCUGUGUGCAAUCCAUCGGAAACGCAAGCGACGCGCCUCAAACAGCUGAUUGACGUAAGGCAACAGCUCUCUCGGACUACUAAGACCGAAAUAUCUGGCUUUCGGUCACCUUCGACUGGCUCAUCCUCGGCUACUACCGAUGUGCCGUCAAUCAGCCCUGCAGCGCGCCGGGACAUUUUAGGUAUACUUGGACGAAAUAAUUUAUUACCCAGAGUGAAUUCUACCACCACAUCCGAAACAUUCGUUGUCGAAUUUCGACUAAACCAACAUCGUUAUCAAAUGCGUUUAACUCGGCAGCAGAAGGUCGACAUGGAACGAUUGUUAUUCAGCGUCAACCCAGAACGCCAGGCCGAAAUAUUGACCGUUCUGCAACAAGAACAAGCUCGCACUAAUAGCACGCGUGUUCUCCUCCCAAACCCUUCAACACCGCAACCGGUGAUUCAAUCAGUCGGGACUGUUUCUUCCAAUUCAAGGCCUAACUUGCAGUCGCAUACCGUCAGAGUUCCACCGCAUACACAGUCAUGCAAUUCCCUCCCUUCCCAUCCAAUCCAUCCAACUGCCUUUGGAUCUCCACCCACAUUGCGACUUGUCGCCCCACGUCCUACACUGCCAAGCAGCAACGCCCUAGUUCGCAGUGCGCCUGUCACGAUGUGCUCUACAGCCCCGGUUAUGGGGGUGGUGACCGCCUUAACAAUGCCUCCCAUGGCAGCUCAUAGUUCAGUUUUCCCUCCAACUAUUAGCGGAGCGGUAUCAGUUAGCAAUGCUACUCUACCACCCAUCUCCGGUUCGGCUCCCACAGCUAGCGGACUUUUCCUUUCCCCAUCCCUGCCCCAUGGAGCACAGACGUUUAUUAUGCAGCAGCCCUUCGUGGUCCCCUCCACAUCAAUACCCCCUGCGGUGUUACCCGUCUGUUGCAGCGUUCCUUCGCAAUCAUCGUCGCAGCUAUUGGAUACCUCCUCAACCAUUCCCCAAUCCGUCCACUUAUCAACCUCCACGCUGAGUGUGGUGCAACCUGUCCGUCAGGCUUUCACACCCCCAAAACAGGCUCUUCGUCUAAACCGAAUGCGCGCUUAUCUGGUGAACGAUUUGAAAUCAUCGGUUGAGCGGCCACCACACCUCGAUAUCAAAUCGGAUGCCCCCGCUCCACUUCCUUCGCCCCUGCAACUCUUAGAAGCCCUUGCACCAUAUCACGUUCACCAGGAUGCGGAUAAUACAGAUGAAGCCUUACUGAAAGUGAAUCGAAUCAUAGAAAAUGCAUCCAUAUGUCUCAGUGAACGCAAAAGGCGGAUCACAGAUGCUGUUCAUGCUUAUUGGUACCGCGAGUCCACGUUGGAACCUACUCUGGAAGAUCGUGUUCUUGUUAAUCGGAUGAUGCUCGAGCUCGAUCGCGACGUUUUCGAAGCAGAGAAGAAGGAAUUCGAGGAAGCACUCAAGCUAUCAUCUCCCGUUGGAACUGUCCAGACCUGUGAAGACUUGUCUAAUGACACUACCAUUAGCGUUCCUACCACCACUUCAACAAAUGUCAUCGUUAAUUCACCUUGCCAAACAGUUUUAUCGACAUCAUGCGAGCAGAAGCCCACUGGCCCACAGAGACGUAGCGAAGUGCCUUACCUUAAACACGCCUGCUCUUCGCUUCCACCCCCUUGGUCCACCCUAUUAGGCCCUGUUGCCUACUUACGUCCCCGCGUCUUUGACGCCAAGGGGAACGCUUCGUUCUCUUCUUUUAAUUUUCCCGUUUUAUCCGACGGAGGACUCAAGCCUGACGAUUCCGACGUCUCCGUGUCUGCGGCUGUGAAGCCCGACGAGGAUAUGUCGCCAAGUACUGGCACAUAUUCUACUGUGAUUAACGAUAGUUCAAACAAGUUCAGUAUACUCCGGCCUCCUUCGCCUAAUGAUUUAGAUGUGAAAGAGGAUUCAUCAGAAGAUGCCGAAGCUGAUUUGUUCCUGGGUUUGGGUACCCGUGCUUCUAGAACCUGUGCCAAUGAGUGCAUUAUGAUGGAUGUUACCGGGCUGUUGGAGGACGGGGUCGUUGGUGCAGCUGGCGCUCUUCGAGCUCGUACGAGGUCUGUUGCUUUUGACGAAACCUACGACUUGUGGCAGGAGCUCAUGCGUGAAGAGGGAAUUGAAAUGGAUGAAAUUAAAUCUAUGUCUCUGGACAUCAGCUUAGACGGCUCAUCAGCGUUGAAGGAUAAGAACAAAGCGUCUCGUCAGGCAAUGGAAAAUGGUCCAAACGAUCAGGUUGUUGAAAUACAACAUUCCGAAGACCCUGAUCUGGAUGCUGCCAUCAGAAGCAUUCUUUCUCCGUCAAAUUGA